UGCUCUCCCUCUUUCCCCCUUCUCCGUGGGGAAUGAAUAAGGAAGUGGCGGGUCAUGUCAGGAUGUUACGUGAGGCGAUGAAUUUCUAACCGGUUUGCCAGCACAUCCGGACACUGAAUCUGAAAGAAAGAAGAUUUGGCUGAAGUUGAAAAGAAAAUUUUUAAAAAAGCAACAGCAAAGGAUUAACCAGCGAGCCGGGAGGGAGGGAGACCUGUAGGAGAUGGACAGUCAAGGAAGAAAGAUCAUUGUGUGUGACAAUGGAACCGGGUUCGUCAAGUGCGGCUUUGCUGGAUCGAACUUCCCUGAGCACAUCUUCCCGGCCCUGGUUGGACGUCCCAUCAUCCGAUCAACGACCAAAGUCGGCAACAUUGAAGUCAAGGACCUGAUGGUGGGACACGAAGCCAGUGAGCUGCGCUCGAUGCUGGAGGUGAACUACCCGAUGGACAAUGGCAUCGUGAGGAACUGGGAUGACAUGAAGCAUCUGUGGGACUACACCUUCGGGCCGACCAAGCUGAGCGUCGAUCCCCGCCACUGCAAGAUCCUCCUGACCGAACCCCCCAUGAACCCCAUCAAGAACCGGGAGAAGGUUGUCGAGGUGAUGUUCGAGACGUACCAGUUCGAGGGGCUCUACAUCGCCAUCCAGGCCGUGCUCACACUCUACGCUCAAGGCCUCCUGACGGGGGUGGUGAUCGACUCCGGCGAUGGUGUGACCCACAUCUGCCCCGUGUAUGAGGGCUUCACCCUGCCCCACCUGACCAGAAGGCUGGACAUCGCUGGACGGGACAUCACCCGCUACCUCAUCAAGCUCCUCCUGCUCCGGGGGUACGCCUUCAACCACUCGGCCGACUUCGAGACGGUGCGGAUGCUGAAGGAGAGGUUCUGCUACGUCGGCUACAACAUCGAGCAGGAGCAGAGGUUGGCUCAGGAGACCACCGUGCUGGUGGAGCCGUACACCCUGCCCGACGGGAGGAUAGUGAGGGUUGGGGGGGAGCGUUUCGAGGCCCCCGAGGCACUGUUCCAGCCCCACCUCAUCAACGUGGAGGGGGUGGGAGUGGCCGAGCUGCUCUUCAACACCAUCCAGGCGGCCGACAUCGACACGAGAGCCGAUUUCUACAAACACAUCGUACUGUCUGGAGGGUCCACCAUGUAUCCCGGUCUCCCGUCCCGGCUCGAACGGGAGAUUAAACAACUCUACCUCGAGCGAGUGCUGAAGGGCGAUGUGGAGAAGCUCUCGAAGUUCAAGAUCCGGAUCGAGGACCCUCCGCGGCGGAAACACAUGGUGUUCCUGGGGGGCGCGGUGCUGGCGGACAUCAUGAAGGACAAGGAGAGCUUCUGGCUGAGCCGGCAAGAGUACGAGGAGAAGGGCAUCCGUGUGCUGGAGAAACUGGGCGUCACUGUGCGAUAGGAGGCCACCGGCUGCCUCACACACCCCGCACAGACCGCACACGCGAUGCACCACACAUACUACACACACACAAUACAUCACACAUGUGCAAUGCAUCACACACAACACGUAAUUCACAUGCACCACACACAAUGUACACACAACACGCACACAAUGCACCACACACAUGCACAAUGCCCAAGCAAACGCCGCACACCACGCCUGCCGCGCAAGCACACCACAGACUGCAGACUGUACACCCGUGCACCACCCACCCACGUCCCCCUUCCCGCACACCGCACACUGCACUUUAUAACACACAGGCGUAACUGCACACAUCACCCCACGCUACACGCAAACACCGCACACGCAAACACCGCACACGACCUGUGCAUGCACACACAUGGAAAGUGCAGCAGAGAACACAACGCAGGUUAUGCAACAGGCGGCAAUGCAACAAGUCCCCCUGCACACAGACAUGCACCAGAGCAGACCGCAACUAAUGCAAGGGUGCACCCACAGCACAACCUCUGGACAACUCACCCAGGGCGUGUGUGCUUGCAGCCCGGCGCAGGCACACCUCUGUGAGCCUUGGGGAGGGUCAGAGGUCCAACCUCCCCCAGGGUUUGCCGGGGGGGGGAGGGGAGGGGGUCGAUCCCAGUUCUCCCAUAGGUGGACGGUUAGGGAGGGAGGGAGGAAGGGGUAUUCCCUAACACCCCCCCCCCCACAAGGAGGCAGAGAGAGGUCCCGCAGUGGGGGGAGUCCGACUGCAGGGAAUGGUGACCCCAGAUCCCCGUAAAGGGUGGGGUUGCCGACCGGGUCUCCGUCUCUGGACAGAUGGCCUCAGGGCCGUUCCUUCCUCGUCCUGACCCCUCCCUGUCCCCAGACCCUUCCCCAAAACACCAGCAAUGAAAUCCCCCCUCCCCUCCCCACCCCACCCCUCCCUCCCCCUGAAACCAACUCUGUGCUGAUGCAAAGAAUAAACGCCAAUUCUACAGCAC